AUGGUCGGCGGUGGAGGCUUCGUUGCUGUCUUCACCAAGAAGUCGCCUGCGCCGCUGCGCGAGGAGGGAGCCCAGAACGCCGUUGAUGCGGCUGAGAAUGCUGCAUCUGCUGAACAGGACGAGGUUCCCCGCGUCAUACAGCAUUUCGAGUUGACGGCCGACUACACGUUCAACCCGCUGAAUACGACCGCCGACGAGAAGCACCAGGUACGAAAGAACUGGGAUGCCUUGAUGCCAGUCGGCCACGGGUUCUUCAGCGCAACGAAGAACCAGAACCAGCUGCCGACGGUGACGGUCGACCCGGAGAACCACCCGGCGCAUAUCACGGCCGUGUUCCACCAGCUGCACUGUCUUUACAUGAUCAUGCAGGCGUACCACUCGGGCGUGCAGGCGACGGAGGAGACGGAGGCCAUGGCGUUUCACCUGCGGCACUGCUUUGAGUACCUGCGGCUGUCGCUCGUGUGCCACGGUGACACGGCGCUCGGGGGUAGGGUCGACGACACGACGGCCGGGGAAGCGGGGGCACAGCAUGUAUGCAAGGACUGGGGGGCUGUCAAGCGGUUUGCCGAGACGCAUCGGACGAACGAGUUUCGGGGUAUCAUCGACACUGACUAG